CGUGCCCGGAGUGGACAAACAUGCACAGAGCGUGUGAGCUCAGCGGAGCCCUGCAGCCAAGAUGAAGGCGGAGAGGGAGGCUUCCUCCAGGCUAACACACACUCCUGCCAUCUUACACACCGUCAGCGUGCUGCUUUUCUCCCUGGCAGGUGGUGUGGAGGGCGUGAACAUCACCAGCCAGUUGCCUGUGGUACGCGGGGUGCUGGGGGGGUCGGCCCUGCUCUCCGUCAGCUACACCAGCUCCAGCAACGACCGGCCCGUCAUCAAGUGGCAGCUCAAGCGGGACAAGCCCAUCACCGUGGUCCAGUCCAUCGGCACCGAGGUCAUCGGCAGCCUGCGGGCGGAGUACCGCGACCGGAUCCAGGUGUUUGAGAACGGGUCGCUGCAGGUACACAACUUACAGCAGUCAGACGAGGGGGCGUACGAGGUGGAGAUCUCCAUCACUGAUGACACCUUCACCGGGGAGAAACAUAUCAACCUUACUGUGGACGUGGUAGUGUCCCGGCCGUACGUGCACAUGGUGGCCUCGUCCGUGCUGGAGCUGAGUGAGCUCUUCACUCUCAACUGCUCCCACCAGACUGGCACCAAAGCCUCUUACAGCUGGACCAAGGGCGGCAAGUCACUGGUCAAUGACACGCGUCUGCUCCUGUCACAUGACCAGCGGCUGCUGACCAUCAUGCGGGUGCUGAUGUCCGACGAUGACGUGUACAGCUGCAACGUGGAGAACCCAAUCAGCACCAUGAGGAGCGCACCUGUGAGGCUUACCGUCUACCGUCGCAGUUCGCUAUACAUCAUUCUGUCCACCGGGGGCAUUUUCCUGCUCAUCACCCUGGUGACCGUGUGUGCCUGCUGGAAGCCAUCCAAAAAAAAGAAGAAGCAGAGGAUGUUAAGACAGGCUGCUGAAGAGAGGGCCAGUAAUCACGAAGUGGACGUAGUGCCCAGGAGGAGUGAGAGACGGAAGCCCAUGGCACUGUACGUCCUCAACGAGUCGGAGUACGCUGAGGAUGAACUGGACACCAGCUGUGGCGUUCACCCCUGCGACCCCUCCAGUCUCCCUGGUUACCAUGGCACCCUCUCUUCCGCCUCUCAGGUUCCCGACUCCUUGCCCCAGUCCACCAGGAAGUACCCCCGCACCCCUGUGCCCUCUCCCUCCCCUCCCCCUCACAGCAACCCCCCCUCUGCCCCCGGCUCGCCCCCCCAGCUCAGAGGAACGGGGCGCAAGCUGCGCUCCCCUGUGGUUACCCCCCCACCCUCCAACACAGAGGAGCCCCCCCUUACUACCCCGGACACAGCCACUCAUAACCACCUAUGA